CCCAGGGAUGUUGCUGGUCACUACUGACACGUUAGGCCAUGAUUUCCAUGUUUUUCAAAUACUGACACAUCCUUGGUCAUCAUCACAAAGUGCCGUCCAUCAUUUGUAUACACUUCACAGGGGAGAGACUGAAGCCAAAGUGCAGGAUAUCUCCUUCAGCCACGACUGUCGCUGGGUGGUGGUCAGCACGCUUCGUGGCACUUCCCACGUUUUUCCCAUCAAUCCUUAUGGGGGGCAGCCCUGUGUCAGGACACACAUGUCACCGCGGGUGGUGAACCGCAUGAGCCGCUUCCAGAAGAGCGCAGGGCUGGAAGAGAUCGAGCAAGAGCUGACAUCUAAACAGGGAGGCCGCUGCAGCCCUGUUCCAGGCCUGUCAAGCAGUCCUUCUGGCUCACCGCUCCACGGUAAACUCUUUUUUAUCUCCCUGCUGUGUUGUCAGGAAGCCUUUCCCCCGCUGUCAUUAAUGCCUGUGUCCCCCAGCGCAUUUCAGCACUUGGUGUGUGGCUGCCCGACCUAAGAAUUUGGUCCCUGA